AUGGGUCCCUUCUCGGAGUUUUGCUGCUCCUCGAUUCUCAGAGCUGGAUACCCAUCCUUUUGUGUUUGGGUUUUGGUGCGUGUCGCCGGACUGAUUUUGUUGAUAUCUUUGACACGACCUAUCUCACAUCCAUUUUACAGGUGCGUGGAGUGUGGCUUUUUUCUCCACAAGACCUGUAUUGACUUGCCAAACCAAAUAAGACCUGUUUUUCAUGACCACCCCCUAACCCUUCUUCCGAGUGCGCCUCAUGACAAUGGGACUUUCGAAUGUUCUCUCUGUUCUAAUAAUUGCCAUGGCUUCGUAUAUGCUUGUGAAGAAUGCAAAAACUUCUAUGCUGAUGUUCGAUGUGCAUCAAUCCCGCUAAACAUUAGACAUCCUGGUCAUGAUCACAGACUCUCUUUCACUCGUAUACACAAUUAUAAUAGUUAUUGCUACUCUUGCAGUUCGAAAGAUGCAUAUCUAUUUAAAUGCAAUGAGUGUCCAUUUGACAUAGAUUAUAGAUGUGCUACACUACCGUCUACAGCUAGAUAUUGGGAUCAUGAACAUCCUCUAGUGCUCACCUAUCAUACAAAUGAUGAUGGUUCUGAUGCCUAUUACUGUGAUAUUUGUGAAAAGAAGAGAGAUCCAAAGCAUUGGUACUACUAUUGUGCUCAAUGCGAAUAUGCUGGUCACCCUAUUUGUGCUCUUGUGAAUGUCGAUCACUUCCGUGGAUUCCAAAAACAUUUAGUGAUCUCAAGUUACAUAAACAUCCUCUCUUCUUAGCCAACUAUGAUAUGGGAAUGGAUGCUUGUGGGAUAUGCCAAGAAAUGGUAUUUAGCGUCCUGUUUUAUUGCGGAAAAUGUGAUUUCCGUGCUCAUCUUAAAUGUGUUUUGGGAGAUGAAUUUACUAUUCAACCUCGCCAAAUGACUCUU